GGACUUCCGUGACGGCAGAUGACGCCAAAUGGGUUCCAAUUGCAAUGAAAUGCUCGGCAAGCUGUCACUGCGAAAUAUACAACAACAUCUCGCACAUCAGGAUGCCUUCCUACAAGAUCAACAACCAGCUUUUUGAACUCUCCCCCCUGAAGGAUGCAACCUACUGGAAGUUUCUCACACGAAGAAAGCUUUCCGACAUGCACAAUGACUGCCAUCCAGCUCAUGUCCGUGAAAACCGGGUGUACAAGCCUGGUCGAAAUGAGGAGCAAAGUCAGUGGAUUCCGGGUCCCUAUACUGUCGAGCACAUUCGAAUUCAGUGUUUGCCGGUAACUGAAAAGACAAUUUGUCCAUCGCGGCGCAAAAAGGCUCCUGGACGCUCUAAGUAUACACCUGGAGUCUGUCCACCUGCAGGCUUACUCCAACAGGCACCGUCAACAUGCUUACCGCUUGAAACCUUGAUGAGGCCAGAUUUGCCACAACAAAGCGAGACAGGAGUACCAGAGGAAGUGCCCAAUCAAACAACAGGGUGCUACACAAUGAUCUUCUCACCUAUGAGCCCCGGUUUCGGUCAAGAUACUUGCUCAGGUGAUAUUGACGAUCUGACGCGUUGUUACGCCAGCUACUUUCAAUCUGCUGAUCCCUCGAGCUCAUUGCAACCACCAUCGCAGGAGACGGAAAGCAUGGACGAGCUACUGCGGGAGAUCGGGAUGUUGGCACAAGAGGUCGGUGGCGGUCCUUCUACUGGUGAUGAUUCUAGCCAAGCAAAGGAUGAUGACAAGCGCAAGAUUGCACUUGGAUAUCUCUAACGGCAGUCGCCAACAUCAACAUUCUCGCCAUCUGAGCCUACAGGGGCGAAAAGUGGCCUGAUUCUCUUCUACUUCAGGCCUUUUGGCUUGUCCGAGGACUUUGUUAACCCAAUUGCAACAGCAUUAUUAUCUCUUAAAUUUUCCAAAUUUGCAGUUGCAAGCGAUGCUCUAGCGUGCUUUGUAUUGUGCUUGUGCCGGUCUUCAUCUCGUCACUUGGCCUGUGACUGUUAGUCCAUGUGACUAAUGGUCCAUGUGAUUGAUGGUCCAUGUGUCUAAUAGUAAGAAUGAGCAGACUGUAGAGCUAGGCGUUGGAGAGUGUAAAGAAGAGCAGAAGUGAGGUCUGCUAUUAGUCCCGAAGGAAUUAUGAUACUGUUGUCUAAGAGGUACUGAGCAGUGCAUUACCAGUAUGGGCUGCAGUAGCAAGAAGCACCUCGUCACGAGUGUCGAGCCCUUCGAUGAAGUAG